UUGUGGUGGACUUUUCUUCUUUCGUUAUUAAGUUAUUCCUCGUCAAUCAAUCGCCUUCCAUGGUCGCAUCUCGCACAAUCACAACACAGUAACCAAUUUCCACGAUUUUGAAAACCCUAGAAACGCACGCACCCACCCAAACCCAUGGCGAGAAGAUCCGCACCGCUCCUCAAACAACUCCUGUCGAGAUCCGAAUCCCAAUCCCAAACCCGGUUCAACCUGUCCCCGACCCGAUCGGUGACCUACAUGCACCGGCCGGGCGACGGUUCUCCUCGUGCGGUGACGCUGAUCCCUGGCGACGGGGUGGGGCCACUGGUGACCGGCGCUGUGGAGCAGGUGAUGGAGGCGAUGCACGCGCCGGUGUACUUCGAGAAGUUCGAGGUUCACGGCAAGAUGAAUGCGGUGCCGACGGAGGUGAUCGAGUCAAUACGGAAGAAUAAGGUGUGCCUGAAGGGCGGUCUCGCCACCCCGAUGGGCGGUGGCGUGAGCUCCCUCAACGUGCAGUUGAGGAAGGAGCUUGAUCUCUACGCUUCCCUGGUUAAUUGCUUCAACCUCCCUGGCUUGCCCACGCGCCACGACAACGUUGACAUUGUCGUCAUUAGGGAGAACACCGAAGGAGAGUACGCUGGCCUUGAACACGAGGUUGUUCCUGGCGUCGUUGAAAGCCUUAAGGUAAUAACGAAGUUCUGUUCGGAGCGUAUUGCUAAAUAUGCAUUUGAGUAUGCUUACCUGAAUAACAGAAAGAACGUGACUGCUGUGCACAAAGCAAAUAUUAUGAAGCUUGCAGAUGGUUUAUUCUUGGAAUCGUGUCGAGAGGUUGCCACAAAGUAUCCUGGAAUUAAGUAUAACGAAAUUAUUGUAGAUAACUGCUGCAUGCAGCUUGUUUCAAAGCCUGAGCAGUUUGAUGUCAUGGUUACCCCCAAUCUUUAUGGAAAUCUAGUUGCAAAUACUGCAGCGGGCAUUGCUGGAGGAACUGGAGUCAUGCCAGGAGGUAAUGUUGGGGCUGAGCAUGCUGUGUUUGAGCAAGGUGCUUCAGCAGGUAAUGUUGGUAGUGAGAAAAUAGCGCAACAAAAGUCAGCCAACCCAGUGGCGCUUCUUCUCUCAUCAGCUAUGAUGCUUAGGCAUCUCCAGUUUCCUGCAUUUGCUGACCGUUUGGAAACUGCAGUGGAACAAGUCAUUCUAGAGGGCAAAUAUCGGACAAAGGAUCUUGGAGGGACAAGCACCACCCAAGAGGUUGUCGAUGCAGUGAUUGGUGCUUUAGAUUGAUUCAUUCAGUUACUGAUUUCCCAAAUGAAAUCUAUCUCGUAUAUUCUUUUCUAACUAUUUUUAUCAACAUUGUUUUGCACCCACCGAAUUGAAAAUAGCAAUUUUUGGUCCUGAAUAAUGUUAAUGCAACACAGAAAAAUGAUGUAUUAUUUUUUUCCAACAGAAUUUACAGAGAAAGUGAUAACUGUUUCCAACUCCUUUUGAA